AUGCCAGUUCGACCUCUAUCUGCCGAGUUGGCUAAAAAAGCAAGUGAAGAACUGAACGAAGAUCCACAGAAAUUAGAGGACAGUUUGCAGCAUUUGAAGGAAUGGAUAUCUAAGCAACCGCAUUUGAGGGCGCGUACAGAUGAUCAAUGGCUUGCAGCCUUCUUACGUGGUUGUAAGUUCAGUAUAGAACGAACAAAACAGAAAAUUGAUCUAUAUUACUCUCUUAGAACAACAGCUCCCGAAUUACGCCCGUUGAAACACACCGACCCGAAGUUCAUGGAGAUUCACGAUCUGGGUGUUGCAAUUGUAUUACCAAAAUCUUCGAAUCCGACCGAUCCCCGUGUAAUUCUCUUAAGACUAGGUGCAUACGACCCCAGCAAGUAUUCUAUAAAUGAAAUUAUUUCCGUCACCUAUGUUAUGCAACAGAUAACAUUAAUGGAAGAUGAUAACUUUGUGGUCGCUGGUGGUGUGAGUGUUAUGGAUAUGCAAGGUGUUACAACAGCCCACUUCACGCAAGUCAAUCCAAUGUUAAUGAAGAAAAUGUCUGUAUCAUUUCAGGAUGCAUCUCCUGUGCGAAUGAAAGGUACUCAUUAUGUGAAUACGCCUUCGUUUUUUGAAACUAUUUUUAAUUUUAUGAAAAAUUUCCUCAAUGAGAAAAAUAAAAAGAGGUUAUACGUGCAUAACACAGAUUUCGAAUCUUUGUACAAAUUUGUGCCUAAGGAAAUACUGCCCGCUGAAUAUGGUGGAAACGGUGGGAGUAUUCAAGAACUUAUAGAUAUGUCCAAAAAGAAAAUAUUAGAGUACAAAGCAUGGCUAGACGAAGAUCGGCAAUAUGGAACCGAUGAAUCUAAACGACCUGGAAAACCUCAAACUGCCGAAGAUAUUUUUGGAGUAGAGGGUUCCUUCAGAAAACUUGAGUUUGAUUAG